AUGACAAAGGGUCCGGCGAAUCCAUUUGGGCAUCCGCUUUCUAAAGAGGCGAAAAGUUUGGUGAACGACGUGCGACUAAAGCUGUCGCAGCCGAUUCAUCCGAAGUUCGACACCGACUUCAACGUCUACCGCUUUGUCCUGGCCGCCGAGAGGCAUCACAAAAAAGAAAAGGACAUUGUCGACGCGGCCGCAAAGGCCUUGAACAAUCACCUACGUUUUCGAAAAGCAUUAGGCCUGGACACGGAAGAGGUUGUCUCUUUCGAUGAGAACCCAAUCUUCACCAAGCGCCUAAUGCCAAAAGGCGAGCUGCUGGAUGUCACGGAUUCGAGUAAUCGCUUGUUGUGGUAUAUUGACUACGCCUCGAUUACGGUGGAGUCAAUCGCGCACACCAUCCCCAGCUCGUUCACCUGCAAAUGUCAGUUCUGGCAAUUUGAGCAAAUGUUGCGAAAAGUCAUGGCGCACGAAGAAAAAACGGGCAAGUUCAGCUCGUUGCGCCACAUUAUCGACCUGAGCGGCUACGACUUGAACCCGUUUACGAUGCUGUUCCUAAGCAGCGGAACGAUGGCCUAUUACACACAGCUUUUCCACUUUGAGCACUACCCGGAGCUGGUCUCCCCCUGCGAAACGGUGAACAUCCCCAGCUGGGUCCAUAUGCCGUAUCGGUUAAUCAAGGGCAUGAUGCCAGCCGGGUUCACCGACCGCUUCAAGCUGUACGAUAAAAAGUUUUUGGACAUUCUGCAAGAAGAGAUCAACAUUAAGCAUAUUCCGACGACGUUGGGUGGAGAGAAUCAGGACAUCCGUUGCAUCCCAGCCCUCAAGGUCCCAGAAGAAAAAUACUGGCAACCUUCGGAAAACGAGAUCAUCGACCUCCUCGAGAAUUUCCACGUCCCCGCCAGGAGAUCCCGCCACUUUACAGUCGACGCAAAAGAGGGGGAGACUCUCUCGUGGUACUACCGUACCGAUGGGGACCUUAUAUUUUGGCGUGUUUUCCAGCCCCAUCACGAGACAAAGCCCGAGGAUAAGGAGUUGGACCACGAAAACUUCGAGCUUGUCUACCCGUUCAUAAAAGUGGCGGCGAAACUGGUGCACGAGCGGGAUUCUGUUAAAUGCAAUAAGGAGGGGAGAUACUUCUUCCUAUUUUGCAACAAACACGCCUGGCUAUCGAAAAAGACGGCCGAUGUCAUGCUGACGGUCACAAAUUCCGAUGGAGAAAGAAGAAGAGUUUUUGCCGAUGGAACACAUGCCAAGUGCGAUUUGGUUGUG